CCAUGAGACCGAAACCCGCCUGGAAGUAAGGACUGCACUUGAUGAGCUGGUCAAGUCUGGACACUUACAUGCAAGCAGCUUUGAGUACGCACUUGUCACCCAAAAGCCCACUGAGAAUGGACGACGCUAGGCUUUCUGCCAUGGCUGUCUGCACCGGUCUAAGGACAAAGAUUCUGGUUUCCUUGAAAGGCAAUCGGAGCGCGUCGCGUGUCGGGACGGGCCACCCUUUUCUCCAAGCCACCAGAUGGUCAAGCAGUCGGUCCUCACCGAGGCAUACGCUCAACUUGGGCUGGAGCAGGGUGUGCCACUGGAGCGAGUCAGAUCUGCCUACAAACAGCUCGCGCUUCGUCUCCAUCCUGACAAAAAUCAGGGAAACGAAGCCGCUACGGCCCAGUUUCAACGACUGGGCGAGGCGUACAGCAUCAUUCAAAGACACAUAGAGACCGGUGGCCACUCCUACACAGAUGAUGACUAUGACGACCACGACGACUACUUCUACUUCGAUUCCGACUCGGAAGAGUAUGGUUUCUACCGCGCCGAUGACGACUGGGAAGCCGAGCGCACGGCGUUCUUUAUGUACUUCUUUGAAGAGAUACUGAAGGGGCGCUCGGGGCCUGGCUAUAAUAGAUAUAGGUCAUAUCGUGACCAGCGGCAGCCGAGGGCCCCUGAGACACCGCAACAGCGUGAGGCGCGUUUUCAGCGCCAACGCGAAGAACAAGCGCAAGCAGAACGGCGCCGCGCGGAAGAGGAACGACGCAGAGUCCAGCAGAAGGCUGACCGCAAAGCGUUUGAAGCACGCAUGCGUGAAAAAGAACGCAAGGAAGCAGAACAAAGGAAACGAGAAAAAUCAGCUUCUAAGAAAGCCGAAGCUGAAGUACGUCGUCGCAAGGCCGCCGAAUCCCUCGAGGCCCAGCAGUGGCGUUCUCAAACCCUGCGAUCUGCUGCAUUCACCGCAGCUCGAGCAGGCGAUACACAGCAAGUUAAGAAGGCCAUCUGGGAAGACUCAGUCGACCCUGCGGGUGGGGAAGUCAAGUUGGGCUGUGAAAGCUUUGUUAAGGAACAACCCCAGGACCCGACAGAAACGUUGUUGCACAUUGCUACUCAAAAUGGAGAUGUCGAUUUGGUCAAGUGGUUAGACGCACACAGUGCGGAUCCAGAGGAACGUAACUCAUUGGGACUGUCGGCGUUUCACGUGGCGCUUCAGCACGGCCAACUCUCGAUCGUGAAGCAUUUCUUCGAUGCCUACAAUCCACAUGAUGAGGAUUAUAACGCAAUAUACAGCCUGGCGUCGCCAAAUAAUCUCCUUUCGAUGGCACUGGAAUCUGUCGAACCCGAAGUUGUGUGGAUGAUACUCGACAAGGGUCUCGCCAGUACCAUGGAUAUCAGCGAUGCGUGGACUCGUAUUACAUCAACUGAAAGCAGGGAGGUGCUGCUUGCGAAGGCGGGGAAUGCCACAGGGAAGUAUGCAGAGAUCCAGAAUAUCUUGAUGAGUUUUGGCGGCUUCACGCCGCCACCCACACCUCAAGUCGCUUGCCAGGGUUGUGAAAGGGGUGUCUCCCCGUCGUCGAAUGCAAGCUCACACACAAACGACAAACCAGCUCCGAGAGGUAAUCGUCGCGGGGCUCAUGAUCGAUCCAGCAAACGCGCAGUCGACCCACAAGGGCAGAGUUCAUAUCAUCGACCCUCUUUCCCACCGUCACAUGGUAACGCUGUACCGUCAGAGUGGUCGCAACACGACAGUGGACGAGGCAAGCAACGUGGACGAGGACGUGGACGUGGACGUGGCCGCGGUCGCAGCCGAGGACAAGGCAGCUGAGCUUUUUUUUUCGAUUGCACUUCACGACUUUUCUGCAUGACUUUUGUACGUACAGCAAGUGGACUUUGUCAGUAUAAUGUACAUUCGCAUAUCCAUCUCUGUGUUCAAUGCUGUUCACUAGAGCUAAUAAUACCAAUUAAUAUUACGGUCGCUAGAGUUUGUUUGGCCAUGUUUGACGCCACCUG